GGCCCGCACUUUGAUCAGGAAGUUGCAAUCUUUAUGAAGGAGGGAUUAUAUCCACAUCCAUUAUCCCAUCACCGGAUUGGAGUUAACAAAAGUGACAAUGGCAACAGCUCCCCAAUUCCCAGCUUUCAUUUAUCUCAGGACCCCUACCAUUAUCUCCCACCUGAAAUCCAACACUUUAACCGUCUCGGCUUCUCCGAGAUCUCCAUCGCCCAAUCCAGAAGAAGAAGAAGAAGAGCCAGCUCCCCAAUCUGGAAAGCUCGAUGCUGUGAAGCUUGCGUUCGCCAGAGCCAAGGCGUACAAGAAAGCAGUUGGAACCAGUCCAGUUCCUGAGAUUCUUCUGAGGCCGAAGGUUCCAGGAUCUGCAGAGAUCGAAGAUCGCAGUGGUGGGUCGAAGGAGGAAGAUGCGUAUGUUAGGGGGGAGCGGGAGGUGCCCUCUGCAGUCAAACUUGCAUUCCAGAGAGCAAAGGAGUAUAAGAUGAACAAAAAAGUUGCGGGCACAGCCACAGGGCCUAAUGACAAGGAGGGGAAGCAAGUGCCAUCCGGGCUAGUUCCAAUGCCAAACCCCUUCCCUGACGGCAAGUUUCCGGAGGUUGAAAUUCUAGUUGGGGAUUCUAGUAAGUUUGGAAAUGCGACAGAGCCUAAACCGGUUCAAGAUGAUGGAAUGGAUGUGUACAAGCCAAAGGUCUCCACAUGGGGUGUUUUCCCCAGACCUAACAACAUUUCUAAAAGUUUUGGUGGUGGAAGAAUUAUUAAACCUGGCGAGGCACUUGAAACAGCAGAGGAGAAAGCAGCUAAAGAUGCACGAACAAGAGAGCUUCUUGCUGCCUAUGAUAAAAAAGCAGGCUUGUCUGUUGAUCCAAAGCUUAAACUUGAAUAUGAGAAGGCAUUGAGUGAAGGUGACUCAUUGAUGGAACUUGGGAAGCUGAGAGAAGCAAUACCAUUUUAUACAAAAGUAAUGGAUGGAAUGCCAUUCCGGAAUGAACUUCAUGGACGUGCUGCUUUGCAGUGGUCUAUCUGUCAAGAUUCACUCCAAAGACCAGACGAAGCUCGAACCAUGUAUGAAAAACUUCAGUCACAUCCUAGUGUUCAAGUGCGCAAAAAAGCACGGAAUUUUGUAUACAGCUUUGAGGCAAUGAAAAUGAUGAAGGCUACAACAACCACUUCUGCAGCGGGCACGGACUACCAAAGUUACUUUGAUGCUUUCAUAAAGGACACACCCAAUUACCCUCUUAAGGGCGGCGAAGUUGAUGAAGGCGGACUAGGUCAAGUUCUCCCCUAUAUCUUCUUCCUUGUUUCCCCCAUUUUUAUCGUCCUACUCAUUGCUAUACAAAAGGGUAUGUGAGCACUUGAUGUUCUUGGCUUUCCAACCUUAUAGAUGGGUCACACACAAUACUGAAACUACUAUAAUGGUCUCCUUGGUUCACUGGAAGUAUAUAUUAUCCCUUGCUUGCUUCAACUAAAUCUGUAUAUAUUAUUCCUU